CUUAGUAUCAAAAGGUAAACAUUAAAGAAAUUAUUUUACAUAUUUUAUUAAUAUUGAUAUUGGAAAAAAUUAAAUUAUAACUUAUAACUACAGUCAUAGUAUAUUUCAAUAAACAUUUGUAUCCUAUUCCAGGUGACAAGUCGGACAAUACAAUUUAUUUGUAUUGGUUUCAGUUUAUCAUUAUUUAUUAACAUUAUUAACAAUGUCUAAAUCUUUAAAAAUUCGAGAAAUGAUAUUUGCUUUUAUGCCAAAAGUAGUUGCUUCGCUCGAUUGUGUCUCAGAAUUGGAUCAGGCUUCUUACUCUGUAUUAGAAGGUUUUCUUCAAGGUAAUAAAUCAUUAAAAUCUAGAGAUUCUAUUGUUAUAAUACAAGGUGUGAUUGAUUAUAUGUAUGAAAAUAUAAACAUAGGCAACUGGAAAGAUGUGAGAUUAUUUUUAAGGCAAACAAUAACUAUAGCAACAUACCUUAAAUUGAUAGCACUUCUAGACAAUUAUUCUGAACUUACUGACUCAGUUAUAAAGGAUUUAUUAGAAACUAUUGACUUUGGAAUAAUGUUUGGAAGUUUAAUUCAUAAUGAACCACAAUUACUACAAAAGUGUGCCUCAAUAUUAAAUCCAUUUAUUUUGCAAAAUGAUAUUGCUAUUGAAAAUGGUAAUUUAAAGUCAAAAGAAAGUGUAAGCUGUACUGUUAUCCCUGAAGGUGUUAUUAAUAUAGAUUUAAUAAAAUGUCCUAGUAUGGAAAGAUUUUAUACAGACUAUAUAAUGCAAGAGAAGCCUGUAAUUUUAGAAGAAUGUAUGACUCACUGGCCGGCUUUGUCCAAGUGGACUGACAGCAAUUAUUUUAUAAAACUAGCUGGUUUACGAACAAUUUCUAUAGAAAUUGGUAAGGAAUAUACUGACUCUGAGUGGACACAAAAACUAAUAACUAUGAAGGAAUUUAUUGAAACAUAUAUUUACCAAAAUAAGGGAGCAACAGGUUAUCUAGCGCAGUAUCCAUUGUUUGCGCAAAUUCCAGAGCUACAUGAAGAUAUAAUAGAGCCUGAAUAUUGUAGUUUUGCAGAAACAGACGAUGGUGUCAAUAUUAUGGCAUGGUAUGGACCAAAGGGUACCGUGUCACCUUUGCAUCAUGAUCCAACCAAAAAUUUGCUGGCUCAAGUUGUAGGUGAAAAAAGAGUUUACCUAUUUUCUCCGAAGGACUCAGAAAAUUUAUAUCCUUAUGAAAGUGAACUUCUUGAUAAUACGGCAAGAGUAGAUCCUAGGAGUCCUGAUUUGAACAAGUAUCCUAAAUACCAAGAUGCUAAAGCUUAUUAUUGUGUAUUAAAACCUGGACAAAUGUUGUUCAUACCACCAAAAUGGUGGCACUUUGUUGAGUCACUUUCUAUUAGUUUUUCAGUCAGUUUUUGGUGGACAUAGCACUUUAAUUGGUUGUCACAGCCGCCCAUGAAAAUACAGUGUAAACUCUAUAUAGUGAUGUUGAAGGAACUGCCCAUAUUCUUGAAGAGGCCCGUAUUCUUCUACACUUUAUAAAUGAAUCAAGGUCGAAGGUACAUAAUUAAUUUAUGACAGCUUAAAUCUA